GAGUGAAGAGCGUUCAGUAGUCGGAGAGGAGACCGCCGCAGUGUGUGCACAAUAGGGAACAGAUAUCACUGGAGCGAGAGAGAGACGGGAGAAAGUCAGAUAACAGUGGCUGUUUGAUAAUAGGCAUAAUUAGGAUGAGCUCAUGACAAAAUGCAUCGAUUAGAUGCAUGGUACGGAUUAUGAUGGUUUAAAAUUGAUAUGCAUUUAGAGUAAUCUCCUCAUCACUUAAAUAGCACUCUGCAUCAUUGGAAUGUGCACUGCUACCAUAACCGGACGCAUCUGAAGUAGCCCAGAGCUUGUUGAUUUGGCACUGAAGACAGGCUUUUGGGGGUAAUCAGACCUGCAUUAACCAUCACAAACAAGAUGGUCCACGGUUGACGGGACUACUAAAAGGCACCUUUUUUCUCCAAAAGCCUUAUACAUUUUGGGAACUUUCCUUGGACUAGUGGUAAUGGGAAUUGAUGCGUUAAAUAAAAAAGGAUAAGAUUUUUUCCCAAGUGCACUUGUUCUUUGGCGAUGAUUGUGCUAUUCCUUCUUCUGUGUAUUACGGAUGGAGUGGUCUCGCAGAUACGCUACUCUGUGCCGGAGGAGGCAGAUCACGGCACAUUCGUGGGGAAUAUCGCGGAGGACCUGGGACUGGACAUGACCAAAAUCGCCUCGCGCCGCUUCCAGGUGGUGCCCAGCUCGCGGACGCCGUACCUGGAAGUGAACAUGGAGAACGGGAUUCUGUUCGUCAACGAAAGAAUUGACCGGGAGCAGAUCUGUAAGCGGAGUGCCAGCUGCCUAUUACACCUUGAAGUGUUUCUGGAGAACCCACUCGAGCUGUUCCGCGUCGAGAUAGAGGUCGUGGAUAUCAAUGACAAUCCGCCCAGCUUCCCGGAGACCGACAUCACCGUGGAGAUUUCAGAGAGCGCUACCCCCGGUACCCGGUUCCCUCUGGAGAGUGCAUUCGAUCCGGACGUGGGCUCCAACGCCCUGCGCACAUACGACAUCACCACCAAUAACUACUUCUACUUGGAUGUGCAGACGCAGACCGACGGGAACAAAUUCGCGGAGCUGGUGUUGGAGAAGCCGCUGGACAGGGAGCAGCAGGCGGCCCACAGGUACGUGCUGACUGCGGUGGACGGGGGGCAGCCUCCCAGGACAGGCACUGCUCUGCUGGUGGUCAAAGUGCUGGAUUCUAACGACAACGUGCCCGUGUUUGACCAGCCGGUGUAUUCGGUGAGCCUUCAGGAGAACGCACCGGUGGGGACCCUCGUUAUCCAGCUGAACGCCACCGACUUGGACGAGGGGCAGAACGGGGAGAUAGUGUAUUCAUUCAGCAACCACAUCUCCAGCCGUGUCAAGGAUCUGUUCGCCAUAGAUGCACGUACUGGACGAAUCGAGGUGCGCGGCGAGGUGGAUUUUGAGGAGAGCAGCAUAUAUCAAAUAUUCGUUCAGGCGAAAGAUCUCGGACCCAAUGCCGUGGCUGCACACUGUAAAGUUCUGGUGAAAGUGACAGACGUAAAUGAUAAUGCUCCUGAUAUCACCUUUAGCACCGUGACCGAGUCGGUGAGCGAGAGGGCAGCCCCGGGUACCGUUAUAGCCCUGCUGAGCGUGACGGACAAGGAUGCUGAGGAAAACGGAAAGAUUCAUGUUGAAAUCCUCGGUGAUGUCCCGUUCAAACUCAAACCCUCCUUUAGGAACUAUUUCACCAUUGUAACAGACGGACCUCUAAAUAGGGAGAAUGCUGACACUUAUUCAGUGACUGUAGUUGCCAAGGAUACAGGGACCCCUUCCCUCGCCACCAGUAAAUCAAUAAAAGUGCAAGUGUCGGAUGAAAAUGACAAUGCGCCAACGUUUACGCAGCCCAUAUAUGAUGUUUAUGUGACUGAAAACAAUGUGCCAGGUGCUUAUAUCCACGCUGUGACCGCUUUGGACCCAGACGUUGGACAGAACGCUCUCAUUAGUUACUCCAUAAUGGAUUGUGAUAUUCAGGGUAUGUCUGUGAAAACAUAUGUGUCAAUCAACGAGGAAACGGGCUACCUUUACGCACUCAGAUCAUUCGAUUACGAGCAACUUAAAGACUUCACUUUCAUGGUUCAGGCGAAAGAUGCAGGUAGCCCCGAGCUCUCCUCGAACGCCACGAUCAAAGUGAUCAUCGUUGACCAGAAUGACAACCCUCCCUCCGUUAUUGCUCCUCUGGGUAAAAAUGGCACCGCGAGAGAGCCUCUGCCCCGCUCCGCCGAGCCUGGCUACCUGGUGACCCGUAUCGUCUCCAUGGACGCAGAUGAUGGCGAGAACGCACGGCUCUCCUACAGCAUCCAGAGAGGGAACGAGAACGGCAUGUUCCGUAUGGACUGGAGGACAGGAGAGCUGCGCACUGCCAGGCGCGUCUCAACCAAGCGGGACCCGAACCAGAUGUAUGACCUGUUGAUAGAGGUGAGGGACCACGGCCAGCCACCCCUCUCCUCCACGGCCAGUGUGUUCGUGGUGCUGGUGGACAGUGUGGUGGAGGACCACCGGGAGAGGGGCACCGCCAAGUCCAAGGAGAUCACUCUGGACCUCACCCUCAUCCUCAUCAUCGCCCUGGGCUCCGUCUCCUUCAUCUUUCUCCUGGCUAUGAUCGUGCUGGCCGUGCGCUGCCAGAAGGACAAAAAGCUAAAUAUCUACACGUGCCUCACCAGUGAUUGCUGCCUCGGGUGGGCCACAUGCUGCAGCAGGCAUGCGCGAGCCCGCAAGAAAAAGCUCAGCAAGUCUGAUAUCAUGCUGGUGCAGAGCGCCAACGUCACCGGGGCCGGUACAGCCCAAGUGCCCGUGGAAGAGUCAGGGAGCUUCGGCUCUCACCACCAAAACCAGAACUAUUGCUACCAGGUAUGUCUGACUCCGGAGUCGGCCAAAACCGACCUCAUGUUCCUAAAGCCCUGUAGCCCAUCUAGGAGCACAGACACGGAACACAACCCGUGCGGGGCCAUAGUGACAGGGUACACUGACCAGCAACCUGACAUCAUAUCAAAUGGCAGCAUUUUAUCAAGCGAGACCAAACAUCAGCGAGCCGAGCUCAGUUACCUGGUGGACAGACCUCGGCGUGUGAACAGUUCGGCUUUCCAAGAAGCGGAUCUCGUUAGCUCUAAAGACAGCGGUCACGGUGACAGCGAGCAGGGCGACAGUGACCAUGACGCCACCAAUCGAGGUCACUCUACCGGUGCUGAUCUCUUCUCUAACUGCACAGAGGAGUGCAAGGCCCUGGGCCACUCUGACCGCUGCUGGAUGCCCUCCUUCGUGCCCUCCGACGGGCGCCAGGCGGCAGACUACCGCAGCAACCUGCACGUGCCAGGCAUGGACUCUGUGCCCGACACUGAGGUAUUUGAAAGCCAAGAGCAAACGGGCGAUAAGUCAUUCUCCACCUUUGGCAAAGAGAUGCCCCUCAGCCACCUCCACCAAAACCACUACCAAAACCACCACCAAAACCACCUCCACCUCAGCCACCACCACCAAAACCACUACCAAAACCAGCUCCACCUCAUCCACCACCAUGCCACCCACAUCAACCAAGCCACGCUAGAGAGGAAAGAGUUUGAGGCGCUUCUGUCUAGCACGCAAGCGCCUUACAAACCUGCCUAUUUGACGAGGAAAAGGGUUUGCUAGCUCCUUUCGCGUGGACAUACCAGAGACCGCAUGACUUUGCACAAUCAGUCAAAACUACAAAAACGAAAUAGAGCAUCAAGUUCCAGACUCCAUUUCCUUUUGCUGUACCACGUCUGACUGACAUUCCUCCUACGGAACACGGAACUCUGUGGACAACAUUCCCUCCUAUUGGAACACUGCCGGCCUUGGAUACUACUAUCUAUGGGACUCUGGAGGGGUUGGAAGUGGUGGGGACGAACAGAGAGACACGGUUAGGAGACGGACAGGCAGACAGCUCUAAACGAGGACCCCACCGCACUCAGCAGGACUGAGACAGAGUUGAAAACGGAACUAAUAGAGAGGGAGGAGAAUGAGGGGGGAGGAGGAGACGAGGGAGGAGGAGGAGGAUGAGGACGAGGACGAGGACGGAGGACGGAGGACGAGGACGGAGGAGGAGGACGAACAUCUCUCCGCUCUGAUUUGUGUGUGCCUGUUUGCAGCACUAAUGUACAUCUUUUAAGAAGAAGAAAAAAAAUAAAAAUAAAAGAACAACAAAAAAAGACACGAAACGGAACAACGACGUCACUGAGCCCUUUAGAUGUUUAUACUCACAGCAGAAGCCAGUUGUACAGGAGAUCUUUGUGCAUUUUAAAUGCAAUACCACUGUUUUAGACUUGACUGUUUUUCUAUUCAGUUUGUGUGGUCAGGUGUCUUCUCCUCAGAGCUACAGUACUUCAACUUUAUAAGGAAAGAUUGUGAUUUUUUUAAGUUCUGCUUUUUCUUUUUUCACCACCUAGUGGGUCUGGACAGUGGUGGGCUUCACCUUUGAAUUCUAAGCUGUUCAGUAGUUUAUAUAAUAUGUGAGAAGUGUUAACUGUACUCUUUUAAAAAGCUUCAAAAUGAAUAUAAAUCUAUAUAUACAUCUAUCUAUAUAUACUUUUUCUGAAGGUGUGCUAUCCAUUUGGUGGGUUUCCUAUUGUGUGUAGACAGAGGUCCAUUUGCUGCUUAAAGUGCUGUAGAACGCUUGGGAUGAUCUUACAGGUUGGGGGCGUUCUUACCAUGAAAACAUAACAGCCUUAUCGUUCACGUGAAACCAAGUUUUCAUCCAGUUUGAUUAUUUCAUUUUUCACUUUUGGAAAUUGAAAGUUGAAAUUCAUGUCUAUAAAUAAAAAAGUGGUAAUAAUUUAGAUUGAAUUCCAUGGUAAUUCUCUGUUAUUGUAACCAAAAAAGGGUCAAUUAAAAAGAACAAAACAAAAAGUGGCCAAAUAAUGAAAGGUGUUGUACACAUUCAGUGUAAAAUCAAAUAUACACACAGUCUCACACAACACACCAACAAUAAACCGAAAAAUGCCAACAAUAAACCGAAAAAUGAGAAAUGUG